AUGCAGGAGAACAAUCUGACUGUGGUCAAAGAGUUUAUCCUUCUAGGAUUUCAAGGCAGUCAAUAUGUAACAACAUUCCUGUUCUGUGUUCUCCUCGUGGUUUACUAUGGAACAAUAUGUGGGAACCUCCUGAUCAUCACCCUGGUGUCCUCCAGCAAGAACCUCCACACUCCAAUGUACUUCUUCAUCUCACAAUUGUCCAUAAGUGACAUCUUAUUAACAACUGAUAUUGUUCCCAACAUGCUCCACUGUCUACUGAAUAAUGGGGUCACUAUUACAUUUUCUGGCUGUUUUAUUCAGUUUUAUUUUUUCUGUAGUUUAGAGAUAUUUGAGUGCUUUCUUCUCACAGUGAUGUCCUAUGACAGAUAUGUGGCCAUCUGUAAUCCUCUUCAUUAUACUUCAAUCAUGACAAGUGCACAUUGUAUGAGAUUGAUUGCCACCUGCUGGUUGUUAGGAUUUUCCGCUGCAUUCGUUGAUGUUCUAAUGACAUUGAUGUUAAACUUUUGUGGUCCAAAUAUCAUUGACCAUUUCUUCUGUGACCUUGUUCCCUUGAUAGAAAUUGCCUGUUCUGGUACCUACUUCGUCCAACUUGAAACCUACUUACUAAGUAUACCGACGGUCAUCACACCGCCCAUAAUGAUUGUAUUGUCUUAUGUUCAAAUUGUUUCUGUCAUCUUGAGGAUCCCAUCCAGUACUGGUAGACAGAAAGCCUUCUCCACCUGUAGCUCCCACCUCAUUGUGGUCUCCAUAUUCUACUGCACUUUGUUUACAGUUUAUAUUGUUCCAACAAGAGAACAAACAUUGACCAUCAGUAAAAUCCUCUCCCUGCUGUAUACUGUGUUUACUCCCUUGAUCAACCCCAUUAUAUACAGUCUGAGAAAUAAAGACAUUAAGAAAGCAGUAAGGGGAACAUUUCUUAAAUUUGUCAUAUGUGGCAAUUGUUCAUAA